AUUGCCGUUGCAGAUAAGAAGAGCCUACCCUUAUCUCUCUGACCCUUUCUCUUUGUGUCUCAAAGACAACUCGGAAAGUAACAGAAACUCAACUUCUUGUUCCGAUCUUCCACUGAAACACAAACAAACACAAAAACAAAAUAACAAACCAACGCAACACAAAACUUCAUAAGGCAAUAGAAAAUUCAGGAAAAAAAAAAAACUCAUCGCGUAAGUUUACCCUGUUCCGUCGUCUAUCGCCACCGGCCGGAGCACAAUCGCCACCGUAAACCACCGCGUGAUUCGCAAGGGGACUCGGAGAUUAUUAUUAUCAAAGCUAAAGUUGAAUCCUCGACGAUGUCGCGGUUCCCGUUUUUCAACCGAUCGAACACGAUUCACUCAACGAAAUCGGAACUAUCGCAGAAACCCUACCUCCACCAACACCAUUUGGACCGGUCUGGUUCGCUGAGCCAAUCCUACGGUUCGGUGGAAUCGGUGAAAACCUCGAUUCGCGGAAGAAUGGUGAAGAAGCUCUGCAAUUUGUUCGAAUCUUCAAAACCCUUGGGUUCUUCAGAAGAAGAAUCAGAAUCAGUUCCGUCUUCGAAAUCGCGUUCGGAUUCGUGCACGCUGUUCCGAUUAUCAGGCACAGAGGAUCGAAUUGUGGUGUAUUUGACGAGUCUGCGAGGGAUUCGAAGAACAUUCGAGGAUUGCAACGCGGUUCGCAUGAUUCUGAAGGGGUUUAGGGUUUGGGUGGACGAAAGGGACGUGUCGAUGGAUUGGGGUUACAGAGAGGAGUUGCAACGCGUGCUGGGAGAGCGACACGUGGCACUUCCUCAGGUGUUCGUGAGAGGAAAGUACGUUGGUGGUGCCGAUGUGAUUAAGCAUCUAUUUGAAAGUGGGGAGUUGGCGAAGAUUCUAGAAGGGUUCCCAAAAUUGAAGCCUGGGUUUGUUUGUGAGAGUUGCGGAGAUGUGAGGUUCGUGCCGUGUGAGAAUUGUAGUGGGAGUAGGAAGGUGUUUGACGAGGAUGAAGGCUUGUUGAAGACUUGCUCUCAGUGCAAUGAGAAUGGCCUUCUUCGCUGUCCCUAUUGCUGUGUUUGAAUUUACUUCGAUGACUUUUGUGUUGUUCAAGAGUGUGCACUGCCAUGGGAAUUUGUAUAUUUGUAUAUAUUUAGCGCUGUAUAUGAAUUUCCUAAAGAUUGGUUAUUGAUGAGAUAGUUUAUAGUGAAAAUUAUGGGGUGUUUUAAUCCCUUUUCAAACCAAGCUCAGGUGGUGUUGAUGAUGAUGAUGUAAUCAUUUUGAUAGCACGUGGAUAAUGAUCGCAUCCAAGAAGGAUGUCGUGGGGCGUGGUAAAAAUCUGGUAAAUGCAAAGUGUCCUUCUUGCUGGGCUUUUAGGAGUCACUUUGUUGGGUGCUUAUUCAGAAUUGAUUGUCUUUGCUUUUGUUUAUCCAAUUGGGAUCAAGAUUAUGUUUGUUUUAAUGUUAAAUUAACUCAACGGUACGGGUUAUAAAUGAGUUCAUACAAUUUACGAGGAUGUUCAACGGGUGAUUUCUUUUAAUACAUUUCUAUGAAAGACAAUUUAUGAUUUUUAUAAUAUUUUCAACUUAUUUUGAAAUAAGGAGUGAAUAAAUUAUCUAUCAAAUGACCCCAAAAUUGAUUUUCGACAUCUUGAUAAAAUAAUGAGACUCUAAAGACUAUUCAUCUCUGAGGUUCUUUAAUUUGUUCAUUAAAUGACAACUUUAUCUUUCAAAAAUAAAUUUAAUAGUUGGAUUUUGAACUAUACACAUCUUGAAGCUAAUAUUGAAACUGGAGGGCAUUCCAUUCCGUCCAAUUGACACUCGAAUAAAAUUUAGAUUCAAUAGCACGUUUUAGAAAGAUUAACUUUGACAUAUCAAUAUUUUUUUUUCAAAAAAAUUGGAAAACGCCAUUAAUUUCUUAAAAUAAUUUAAUCUAAAGUCUAAAAACAUAAAUGUAAAUGUCUAAUUUAAGAAUGAUAAAGUUGUCUUUCCGUAACGUUUUGAGACACUAGAACGUGCAUGUCUCAUUCUUCGUGUUGAAAGCAUGAUUAUAUGUUUUAUCUUUGAAAGAUUGAGAAAUGGAAUUGUCACCAUCCUUUUCUUCAUAAAAGAAUGAAAGCAGUGACUCUGUUGGGUGCUGUUAGCCAAGUCGUAGAAUAUUGAAUGAAGAAGGCCUUUGUUUCUCAAAACUCGAACAAAAUUUAAUUUCAGAGUAUAUUUGAAAAUUAUUAUUUGCAAGAAAUAAUGAAAUUCU